AUGGCUUAUCAAAAUACUCUGAACCUUGUAUCUCGUCAUAACAAGACUGUCCCCAACUACAAGUGUGAUGUUGAAAAGAAUCUGAUAGCAGCCAUUGGGGGCCUUGAUUUUGAAAUCACUCUACACAUGGCCUCCAUCUUAACCCUCUACAAGAUUCCCCAGGUCACCUAUGGUUUAUUUUCUCCAGCAAUGAGGGAAAAAAAUCAGCUUGCUUUCUUAUACCAGAUGGUUCCUACUGAAACCUAUCAGUUGAAUGGACUUGUUCAGCUCCUGUUAUAUUUUCAAUGGAAGUGGGUUGGGAUCAUUGCCUUGGGAGAUGAAAAGGGGGAAAUGUUUGUGCAGACCUUAUCACAUCUGCUUUUCAUGAGUGGGAUCUGUAUAGCCUUCACAGAGAGAACACCUAGUCAUGAGUAUUUCUUUCAGGUGGAUGAACUGAUAAACCAAUUAAAGAAUAUAGUUGUGUCCCUACAUGAGACAAAUGCCAGUGUAAUUGUUGCAAAGGCAGAUACGCACACCAUGUUGGAUAUUCACUGGUUGGAGUUUGUGGUUAACAGUUUUGAAUUACAGCCUAUUGACAAAAUAUGGGUUGUGACCGCUCCUUGGGAUUUCUCAUCCGAAACAUUUCACAGAAAGCUGAAUAUACAGAUCUUCCAUGGUGCCUUAUCAUUUGCAAUUCAUUCCAAGGAGGUGCGGGAUUUCCAAAAUUUCCUUCAAAAUUUGAAUCCACGUUCUGAAGCUGAUAGCUUUAUCAAGCUUUUCUGGGAACAAGCAUUUAACUGUUUAUUUGAAGAUGCAGAUGCAGGGCAGAAUCAAAUGCCAUAUUGCACUGGGGAUGAGCAGGUGGAGAAUAUUCCUGGACCUCUUUUUGAAAUGCAGAUGACAGGUCAAAGCUACAGUGUCUACAAUGCAGUCUAUGCUGUGGCUCAUGCUUUCCAUGCUAUGUAUUCAUCCAGAACCAAGCACAGAUUGAGCGUUUCUGCGAAACCUACUCUUGGCUUUCUCCCACUAAAGAUCCACCCUUUUCUGAAGGAGAUCUCGUUUAACAACAGCGCAGGAGACACCUUGUUUUUUAAUGAGAAUGGUGAAUUAGAAGGUGGAUUGGAUAUUAUCAACUGGAUAACUUUUCGAAAUCAAUCUUUCUUAAAAGUGAAAGUUGGGAAAGUGGACCCCCAAGCUCCAGAGGACAAACAGUUGUCUAUUAAUGAGAAGAUCAUUACCUGGCACUAUACAUUUGGAGAGGUUGUGCCCCUGUCCCUGUGUAAUCACCCCUGCCUUCCAGGUUAUAGCAGACAAAGCAAAGAAGGGGAACCGUUUUGUUGCUAUGGUUGUGCUGAAUGUCCAUCAGGGAAGAUUUCCAACCAGACAGAUAUGCAUGACUGCUUCAAAUGCCCAGAAGAUCAAUACCCUAUCAAAGAAAAAAAUCAAUGCCUUCCUAAGGAACUAAAUUACCUGAGUUAUGUUGAUCCUUUUGGCAAGAGUUUGUCUUUUAUGGCUCUUGCUCUUUCUACAACCACAGUCUUGGUGCUUGGAAUCUUUAUUAAGCACCGGAACACUCCUAUUGUCAAAGCUAACAACCAAACUCUCACUUAUGUUCUCCUUAUUUCGCUCUUUCUCUGCUUCCUCUGCUCUCUAUUAUUCAUUGGCUGCCCCCAGUUACUGACUUGUCUUUUCCGACAAACUGCUUUUGGUAUCAUCUUCUCAGUGGCCAUUUCUUCUGUCUUGGCCAAAACAAUUAUAGUGGUUCUUGCUUUCAUGGCUACUAAACCAGGAACUGGAAUAAGGAAAUGGGUGGGGAAAAGAUUUGCAUCUGCUAUUGUUUUAUGUGGCUCACUUAUUCAGACAAGUAUUUGCAUGAUAUGGCUGGGCACUGACCCUCCAUUUCUAGAUUUAGAUAUGAAAUCUCUGCCCAAAGAAAUUGUAGUGGAAUGCAAUGAAGGAUCAGGCAACAUGUUCUACUACAUUCUGGGUUACAUGGGGUUUCUGGCUCUCAUCAGCUUCAUGGUAGCUUUCUUUGCUCGGAAGCUGCCAGACACAUUUAAUGAAGCCAAAUUUAUCACAUUCAGCAUGUUGGUCUUUUGUAGUGUCUGGGCGUCUUUUGUCCCAGCUUAUCUAAGCACCAAAGGAAAAUACAUGGUAGCUGUGGAGAUCUUCUCUAUCUUGGCUUCCAGCACUGGUUUACUGGGUUGCAUCUUUGCUCCGAAAUGUUACAUCAUCAUUUUGAGGCCUGAUCUUAAUAGCAAAGGACAACUAAUAAGAAAUAACAAGAAGGAAAAUAGCUUUUGA